UUAUGUAAUUGUUAAUGUCAAAUUUUUAUGUUACACGGUGACAUCUCUAGAAAUUACUUUUUUAAUUGUGGAGGAACAUAAUUCCAAAUUAAGUAAUACUGCAUAAUUUUAUUUUUAACUGUCUCUUAGACUCUUUAUAGAAUUUUUACAAUUAAAAUGCAGUUAAUCAGUAAAGGCAACUUUCAUAUCUUAUUAUGUAUAACGUAUUUGCGUUGUAUUACGUAUAGCUCUUUGUUGUAUUAAGUAAUCUGAUGCUUUGUAUUAAUUAAUCGUCGGGAGGAAAUUAAAUUAUGAAUGAUGAAUGUAAACAUCACGCCUAAGUAAUUGAAAACCUAUCGUUUGCGAAGCGAUAUGCGGAACUCAUUUACCGCCACUGGAAACGGUCAGAUUUUAAUCUUAUUAUUACGGCAUUCUGCCUCGAUGGAAUUUCAUUGUUCGACGAAUUGCUAUCGGGUUCCCCCGAACGUGCGGGAUGCGUAACAACCGGAAGCUAAGACCGGAACUGUGUCCAUACCGUUUCGUUCCGUGCGAUUCUGGAAAACCGUAUAGUUCGCAUCUCGUUAGUACAGAUAUCAUUCUGUCGGACUUGUUACUGUCAUUCGAACUCUCCCUCGGUACAGUGUAAGAAAAUCAAAAGAAUCGUCCCGAGGGAAAAGUGUUUAGUGCAAGGAAAAUCCGUGAUAGAGCGAGGCAGAAUUCCACCAAACAAACUCCAUGUCAAGACCAUCGUAUCUUGAGGAUCCUGAUGAUCCGGUAGUGGAUGAUACAUGACACGCGCGUCGAAAUAUAGCGAGUAACGUGAAAAAGCAUAAUCGUAUCCGGACAUGUGGUGGAUCUUGUUAUUGAGCUGCCGGUUGUAUCCUUCGUGGAGCAUGACUUGGUACCCUCCAGCUACCUUGAACGCGAUGCGCGGGGAACAGAUAGAUCUCGUGGAUGCUGCAAAUUCCACUUACGCUCCGGUCUGGACGAGAGACAUCGCGAGAACCGGCGCCGCGGUUGACGGCCCAGAGUCCGUCGACUCGAUCGAUUCAGGACAAUCUCCCAUCAAUUCCGUCGAUCGCGACCGCGAACCGUUGGACGAAGUAGAGCGCAUCGAGCCCAGGCAGUGGCCGGGCAGGCCGGAUAUCCUACCGACCCGCAGCACUGCGCCUUUCACCACGGAAAGGUCUUUACCACCCAGGUCUCUGCAGCCCACAACGCUGGCGCAGAGGAACCCUUCGUCACAAAGAUUUCCUACGCCGAUUACUGUGCCACCUCCGACAGUCACCGUCGACGAAGUUUUCUGCGACUUUGGGCCAGCACCGUCGAUGCCGCUUUGCGAGUGGCAAAACGGUAAUGGUGCCCUGGACUGGACCUCAGGUACUGGAUUGGGCACCAACUGGUUGGGUGGACCAUCGGCCGACGCCACGAGUGGCAGUAUGGAAGGAGGAUACGCCUUUUUGGAGACAUCGCAAAUACCUUCGAAGGACCUGAAGUCCAAGAGUUUCGGGGGUCUUUUGCACAGCCCGCAACUAGGCAGCACCGGGGUCUCCGGUACCUGUUUCAUGUUCAAAUACACCAUGGACGGUCUCAGCAUCGCGGGGCUGCGAGUGCUGCUGCACGUCGGAACGGACGAGUUCUCGUUUAAGAAGGAACAGCCCGAGGAACUGCCUGUAGAGAAUAUCACAGCAGUGCCUUGCGAACCGACGGAGAUCGUGGAAGAGCGCGUACUGUGGCACGCGCAGUAUUACAUGCUCGGAAUAUGGCAGCAGGCCCAAAUACUUUACACUUAUCCUGAAUUACACUCGUUAGUUAUUGAGGGCGUGCCAGUGGACUCCACGGAUCCGUCGCGUCUCUAUCGCGGGUACAUUGCUAUCGACGACAUAGAUCUACAGCCUGGAACGUCGUGCGUUGGAUUCUGCAACUUUGCUAGCGGCUUCUGCGACUGGAACAAUGACGCGGACGAUGAUUUUGACUGGACCAUAAGUCGCGGAAGCGGGAAUCCCACGACCGGUCCAGCGAUGGACAGCUCCACCGAUCGCGCCACUGCCGGCGGUUACGCUUACAUCGAUUCCAGCUUCCCGCGGAGACCCGGCGACACGGCGAAGAUCAUAAGCUCGAGCUUUCCGGCGACAAUGUCGGACGCGCCGAUGUGCAUGCGUUUUUGGUUCCACAUGUUUGGCUCUGGAAUUGGCUACCUGAAGCUGUUCCUACGUCAUUUUCGCAGUUCAGACACGCAACCGCAGGAGAUCUGGAGUCUGUCCGGAAAUGCCGGCAACGCCUGGUUCAUGUCGCAAGUCACGAUCAGCUCCCUCGAAGAUUUUCAGUUGGUUUUCGAGGCGUCGGUGGGAAUCACCGGCAUGGGGGACAUCGCAAUCGACGACAUCUCAUACGGGCCAGGUGCUUGUCCCGUUUCACCUCAAGUGGCCGCUCCGAUAUCGCGAGAUUGCACCUUCGAGAUCGACGAGUGCGAGUGGAUGAACUCGCGGGAUCCAGAUCGCGUCGAAUGGGAAAGGGUGUCCACUCAGGUGUUGGGCCCGAGGAAUCAGAGGAAGCCGUACAGCAGUGGGCACACGGUUAAUCGACGCAACGAGUAUUUUCUGGGGCUCGGGCGUCUCCGAGGUGGCCCGCGAUCGUCCGGUGGUACCGCUCAGCUGGUCAGCCGAGAGAUGAAGGGUUCUCAAGAAUCGCUCUGUAUCACGUUCUGGUACUUUAUGUUCGAGUCUUUCAUCGAUUCCACGGGACCCAGCUUAGGCGUCUUGCGACUGUACGUGCAAACAGAUGGUGACAGUUCGAAAGCCAAACCUAUAUGGCAACUAUACAACAAUCAAGGUCCGACAUGGAGCUACGCUCAGACUAAUGUCAAUCAAAACACAAAUUUCAAUAUCGUGUUCGAGGGCACGUGGGGCCCGAACAGAGCCAGUGGUAGCAUAGGAAUUGACGAUAUCUCCUUUUACACUGGAAAUUGCAGUGUGAAACCAACGAGUGCAGUCGUUCGCGCAGAGGACUGCAGUUUCGAGAAGGAUUUGUGCGGAUGGGAGAACAUAACUGUCUCCGACAACGACCGCCCUGUGAUGUGGCAGCGUGCGUUUCUGGCCCACCGACCGGCCCAAUUGUUGGACAGAACCUUUGGCACGACCGGUGAUUUCGUAUUCUUCGACAUCUUCACGACAAAUAAGGAAUCGACGAAGGUUCAACUACAAUCGCCCGUCAUCAACGCCUCGCCCGACGAAGAGUUCGUGUGUUUCACCUUUUGGUUCGCCGCUUUCGGCGUCGAGGAGUCCACCACCCUGCGAGUGAUCAAAAUGCCCGCCGAAGAGACCGAAGGACAAAGUGAAGGCGAACAGGAGCAACCGUUAUGGUCACUGACAGCUAAAGGACUGAAUAGUGAUAAGCGGCCGGUAUGGAUGGCGGCGCAAGUGGCGAUUGAAGCGCGAACUCCGUACCGGCUUGUUCUCGAGGGGAGCGCCAGCAAUGGGGGCUUUGCCGUCGACGACAUAAAAUUUCAGCCUUUGACCUGCGCAACUCGACCAGUCAGUGCUCAACCGAUCCAAAACGAGACCUGAGAAUAACCACGUGGUAAUUGCGAAACAAAUAGUUUCUAUUAACUGUUGUAAGUAAUCGUUUCUUAUCGUGCAUUUAACAGCCAUGAUUUAUAUAUUGUAUUUAACUGUACGUAAAGAGAAUAAAUCAUUUUAAUUAAAAUAAG